AUGGUCACAGAAACAGACAUAUUUACGUGGACUCCCCUUCAUUAUGCUGCACAAUUGGGACAUCUUGAAGCGACUAGGAAAUUGCUGGAAUGUGAUAAAUCAGUUGCUUACUUGUGGGAUAAAGAAGACAGUCGGACCAUUCUUCACGUUGCAGCCCAAUGUGGGAAGUCUAUAGUGGUGAAGUAUAUUCUAGAAGAACCAAGAUGGGAAAGCCUAAUAAAUGAGUCAGAUAAUCAAGGCAACACGGCUUUGCAUCUAGCUGCUAUCUACAGACGGUACAACAGCGUCCGGAUUUUGGCUGGAGAUCGUAGAGUGGAUAAGAAGGCAACAAACAAGAAAUAUUUGAAGGCUAUCGACAUUGUCCAAUCAAAUAUGGAUCUGGGAGAUAUCAAAAAGUUUUUGAUCAAGAGGAAGUUGGAGAAUGGCGGUGCUCAACAAAGUCUCGAGCGGCUGAUUGUUAGAGAGAACACAGACAGUACAAUCAAUGACAAUGAAGGACCGAAUGAAGGCAUAAAUGAGUUAGAGCUUAGAGAGGACAGAGAGAGAACAUCACUUCAUGCAAGUGAAUCGUUUCGUGACAGGAAUAAUGAAGUUGUAAAGAAGAAAGAGAUCACAUUGAAGUAUUUGAAGGAUGUAUCAAACGCCCAUCUACUGGUGGCAACCCUCAUAGCAACAGUAACUUUUGCAGCUGGUUUCUCUCUACCUGGUGGGUACAAUGAAGAUAAGCCAAACAAGGGUAAAUCAGUUUUAUCAACAAAGGCAGUUUUCAAAGUCUUUGUGAUAACAGAUGCUAUGGCUUUCUAUUGCUCAACUGCAGCUGUGUUUCUCCACUUUUUUGCUUCACUGGAACAAAACUAUCAUUUGCUUCGUCGUUUCACAAGAUUUUCCGCGCUACUCACUUACAUCUCUCUACUGGGAAUGGUGAUAGCAUUUACUUCAGGCAUUUAUGUGGUGCUACCUGAUUCCUCCCCGACUUCAACAACUUUAAUUGCUCUUGGGUGUUUAUUCUUGAGUUUUUACAUCUUUGGGAUUCUGUAG